AUGUCGGCGCACGUGCUGUGGACGCAAGUCCGGGUCGUGGCUGUUGAUGAACGUCCACUGUUGCUAUUCCAAGACAGUGUGAGCGGAGAGUUAGACCCCGGCGAACGCUAUGUAGCUGCAAGGCCAGUGGCAGACAACGGCCACACCGAUGGAUGCGACAUCCCCAUCCAGGGCGACUUGUUGUUUCAAGGCCACACAAGCCGACACUUUCCGUACUGCAUGCAUUGA